UUCGUUAUAUUGGACAUAAAAUAAUCUAUCAUCAUCUUUCGGAAGUAUGACUUCACCAGUUGAUUUGACUUAGCACACGCAAUUGUUCUUUCCCCUUCCCCUGCCGUCUGUCUUCCUGGUGGGUUCGAGCAUGGCGGCAAUGGAGAACGUCAUUAGGGACGAUGUCCUGGAAUGGGUGAAAAACGAUACCCACCGCUUCCUCAAUGCUGUUAUUAGAGUCGGCGACCUGAAUCGCACCGUCGAGUUUUAUAAAAAGUGUUUUGGGAUGCAGUUGUUAAGCCAAAAAGACUUCCCUGAGGAGAACUACAGCAAGGCCAUAGUUGGUUUUGGACCUCAGGAGUCUCACUUCGUGCUGGAGCUGAUAUAUAUCUAUGGAGUUGAGAAAUAUGAGGUUGGGACAGCAUGGGGGCACUUUGGAAUUGCAGCUCAAAACAUAUAUCCGAUUGUGGAGAAAGUCCGACAAUUAGGCGGGGUUGUCACGAAAGAACCGGGGAAAAAUGAAGGGGGAUCGCAAGUCUAUGCUUUUGUGGAGGAUCCAAAUGGCUAUAGCUUCGAGCUCCUCCAGCGAGGGCCGACUCCCGAACCGCUCUGCCAGAUCAUGCUUCAAGUGACCGAUCUGGAUCGCGCCAUCAGCUUCUACGAGAAGGCACUGGGCAUGAACAUACUCUUCAAGUACGAUAGCCCUCAACAUCAGUUUGCAAUAGCUAUGGUGGGUUAUGGAUCAGAUCAAACGCAGACCACUGUCCUUGAGCUCAAGUACGACUACAACGUGACUGAGCUCACCGCAGGCAAUGCGUAUGUUCAUGCGGCGAUAGGCACCAGUGAUGUAUACAAAAGCGCUGCGGCUGUUGCACAGAUUACGCAAGAACUUGGAGGAAAGAUCGUUCACCCGCCAGGCCCGAACCCCUUAACUGGCACCAAGACGACUUCAUUCCUCGACCUUCAUGGCAUGAAAACCGUUUUGGUGGACAAUGAGGAUCAUCUAAAAGAGAUAAAGAAUGACGGCCAGUGAGAUGGACGGCUUCACUGACAAAGAUGGAUUCUGAAUGCGUUUCUUUCUUCCCAGUUCCAAUAAAUUGUUCGUUGUUAAGGCAAAUAGUUGAAUUGCUCAUUUUACAGCGAGACAGUUUGUAGUAAGAUCAUACUUAUUAUUCGGAAGAAUGUUCACUUCACAA